CUCGCCAUGGGCAGUGUGGGUAGCGGAGUGGCAGGGGAGCAGGAGUUUGCCAUGAAAUCAGUGGGCACUAGGACCACCCUGCCCCGCGCCCCGGCCCUGUCUCGCCAUUGCCCCGCCGUCCGUAGCUGCAGGACCGAACGACUCCCCCCAGAGACAGUCUCAGAGGGAACCGCGUCUAGUGACGAAAGAGGAAGUGUUAGUAUUGGUAACGGGACUGGAACUGGGACUGGGACUGGAACAGACCGGCCACCGGACUCUGACACAGACCAUACCACUACAACGGCAUCCAACUGUGACCAGGAGGAUCCAUGGGUGGGAUACGGGAACGGAGCGGGAAGGAGGGAGAUGGAGUGGGAGAGAGAGAGGGAGAGUAGAGGGAGGGAAAUGGAGAGCAAAGAGAACAACUCGGGGCUGGUUCGUCCCUCUGCCUUCAAACCAGUGGUUCCCAAGAGCUUUCAUUCCAUGCAGAACCUCAUUGGCCCAACCAGUGGGGGUGGAGGUGAGGGUAGGGGUGUGGGUGGGCAGAGAGAAGGAGGAGCAGGGGGAGGAGGACUAGUGGCAGUCCCAGAGGCCCUCCUCCUAGACCAGGACAGCCCAGGGAGGGGCAGAUGCCUGGCAGAGGGAGCAGGAGGGGGUAAGGGUAAUGGAGGGGUCCAUGGAGGGAUGUCAGAUUCAGGGAGGAACUCCCUGACCAGCCUGCCCACUUAUGCAGGCUCUGGUUUGGGCUAUGGGCCUCAAGAGGCCCUGGGGCCUCUCAGUGCUUCUACCAGCAAUAUCAACAGACUAGGGACCACAGCUGGAGCUGCAGUGGCUCUGGAAAAGCUGGAGCAACCAGGCUACCAGGUGGGUGCAUUGCUUGCUGCUCCGCAAAUGGGAUCUUUUAAACAUAAUGAAAGCCACUGCAGUCGACUCCUGAUGAGUGCUAACAUCCUUUUAGUGCAGUGCAGCUCACCAGUAGCAAUUCAUCCACAGCAGGAGUGGACUUUAUAUAAAUGUAUGCAACUAUUCCAGAAUGGGCUGAGUACCUCAUACAGUGACCGCUCCUCUUCAGUAAAGAGCUCCUCGUCCUAUCAGCAGUUGAACCACCUGGGGGACACCCCAGGACCCCAACGUCCCGCUCCUUCCUCUGAUGAUGUCAUCCAAGACCUGGAGAACCGUCUCUGGGAGAAGGAGCAAGAGGUGCAGCACAUGCAUCGUAACUUGGAGCAGAGCGAGGCCGCCAUCGUCCAGGUGUUUGAGGAGAAGCAGCAUGUGUGGGAGAGGCAGAUGGACGAGCUGGGGCAGAACUACGCCUCCCGUCUGCAGCAGGUGACCCGUCGCGCCCAGCGCUCCCAGAAUGCCCUGCAGGCCCAGAUCACCCGUCUGUCACAGGACAAGCGACGUCUGCAGGAGGAGAUGGCUGCCCUGCUGGCCCAGAGAGAGGAGCUGGAGAGGAAGUGUCUGCACUUCAGGAAGGAACAGACUGACAUACUGCCAUGCCUGGAUGAGACCAAGUGGGAGGUGUGUCAGAAGGCAGGGGAGAUCUCCCUGCUGAAGCAGCAGCUAAGGGAGAGCCAGGCGGAGGUGACCCAGCGGGCGGGGGAGAUGGUGGCCCUCAGGGGCCAGCUGAAGGAGGCCAAUGCCCAGCUUAGGGACCGGGAGGAGGCCAUGCUGGGCCUCAAGAACUCAUAUAGCUCCAAGAGCCUGGAGCUGGAGCGCUGCCAGGGAGAGCUGAGGAGGACGCUGACCGAGGUGUCUAUCCUGAGGGAGAAGCUGGGUGUGUUUGAGGCUGAGGUGCUGGGUCUUAAACAAGCUCUGUGGGAGAUGGGUGGAGGGGUUGAUCCUGCCAUAACCCAAACCCUAGGAGCUGUGGGGCUACUCCCACACUGGGGGGCUCUCUACUCCCCCCGCACCCCCUCAGAGCCCUCGUCCACCCCUCUCACCUCCACCUCAGAUGCCCUGCUAAGCCUCCAGAGUGACGAGGCAAAAGCCCAGAGACAGGAGGUGCAGAGACAAGAGAGGCAGCAGCGUGAAGAGGCCCAGUGGCGUGACAUGCAGCAGCACCAGGAGGCCCACCAGCGCCUGAAUGCCCAUCUAUAUCAGGAGGCUCAUCUCCACCAGGAAGCCCAACUGCGCACGGAAGCUCGACUUCAUCAGGGGGCCCACUUGUGUCAGGAGGCCCACUUCCACCAGGAGGCCCAGCAUAAGUGCCAAGAGGCCCAGGUGGAAUCAGGGAUCCUGCGUGAGCAGCUGGAUCAGCUCCAGGGGGCCUUACGUCUAGAACGUCAACAGAGAGAGCGCCAGGCCCUUAGUUUCGACCAGGAACGACACACCUGGAUUGACGAGAAGGAGCGUGUGCUGAAAUACCAGGCACAGCUUCAGGUCAGCUAUGUGGAGACUCUACAGAAGAACCAGGCUCUGGAGCAACAGGUGGGACAGCUGGGGUCCAAACCCACCCCCACCCCCUCAUCCUCCAGCUCCCCUCCCCCACCACCGGCCCUGUCAACCUUCCCUCCCCUGCCCUCAGUCCCUCUCCCUGCCCCCAUUGCCCUAACCCUCUCCCCACCGCCUUGUGAGGAUGUGAAAGGUUCCCCUUCCCUCCUUCAGCUGCCCACCCCCUGGGCCGGACCCUCACGUCUAGAGAUGAUAGAGUCCACUGAGAUUUAG